GACAUUACUUCAGUUGUCGGAGAUAUGAAGUGAAUUUGCGAAACUGCCAAGUGUUUUACUUCAGUGCGAACUUAAUCUAGUAUUAAGUAGAAUUUGUGACUCACUAUCGCUCCCUCUCUCUCUCUCUCUGGUUCUGUGUAUGUCUCCCCCUCACACAAACACACGCACACGCACACGCGUUGUGCCGUGUGUGUCUGUGUCUUGUUGGCAGGGGGAGGUUGAUCGUGGCACAGCAGAGAUGGUGCGCAGCUCUCUGGGACUCCGUGGCCAGCCGUCCGUCACUUUAACCGGGAAGACGUAUCUCUGACAUUACCCCCAACCGGGAAGGAUUUAGAUUUGCUGUAUAUAAACACAUCUUCAUCGUUUGCACAUUAACGCGAUAUGAAUGCGUCGCGUAAUGCGAGCAAGAGGAGCUGCCUUUUUGGGGGAAGCGUUUUUUAUGGUCCGGGACGGUUUUGUGUUGGAGUAGCUCGGUGCUAGCGCGGGGCUAGCGACCAUAUUCUCACCAGGAUGCUACGGUGGAUCCGCCAACAGCUGGGCUUUGACCCACCCCACCAGAGCGAGACCAGAACGGUUUAUGUGGCAAACCGUUUCCCGCAGCAUGGCCACUACAUCCCACAACGGUUUUCAGACAACAGAAUCAUCUCAUCCAAGUACACCAUUUGGAAUUUUGUCCCCAAGAAUCUGUUUGAGCAGUUCAGAAGAAUUGCCAACUUCUAUUUUCUCAUUAUCUUCCUUGUACAGUUAAUGAUAGACACCCCCACCUCCCCUGUCACCAGCGGUCUGCCUCUUUUCUUUGUGAUAACUGUCACAGCUAUUAAACAGGGCUAUGAAGAUUGGCUGAGACACAAGGCUGACAAUGAGGUGAAUGGGGCUCCGGUGUUUGUGGUUCGCAGUGGAAGUCUGGUCCAAACAAGAUCAAAGAACAUCAGGGUUGGCGAUAUUGUUCGUGUGGCUAAAGAUGAAACAUUCCCUGCUGACCUGGUGCUGCUGUCAUCAGAUCGUGCUGACGGCACGUGUCACAUCACCACUGCCAGUCUUGAUGGAGAGACCAACCUUAAGACGCACUACUCUGUGGCAGAGACGUCGGUGUGUCAGUCUGUGUCUCGCCUGGAGGCGUUGCAGGCGGUGGUGGAGUGUCAACAACCAGAAGCUGACCUGUAUAGGUUUGUUGGUCGUAUUACUGUGACUCAGCAUGGGGAGGAGAUAGUCAGGCCUCUUGGCCCUGAGAAUCUGCUGCUGCGAGGCGCCAGGUUGAAAAAUACCAAAGAGAUUUUUGGUGUGGCAGUUUACACAGGCAUGGAGUCCAAGAUGGCUCUCAACUACAAAUGCAAGUCCCAGAAACGCUCUGCGGUGGAAAAGUCCAUGAAUACCUUCCUGAUCAUAUACCUGGGCAUUUUGCUGUUCGAGGCGAUCCUCAGCACUAUCCUAAAGUAUGCCUGGCAGGCUGAGGACAAGUGGGACGAGCCUUUCUAUAACUACAAGACUGAGCAGGAGAGAAACAGUAUUUCGAUCUUGAAGUUUAUCUCAGACUUCUUGGCCUUCAUGGUCCUCUACAACUUCAUCAUCCCCAUCUCGCUCUACGUUACUGUGGAGAUGCAGAAAUUCCUUGGGUCUUUUUUUAUAGGGUGGGAUUUGGACCUUUAUCACGAAGAGAGUGACCAGAAGGCUCAGGUCAACACAUCUGACCUCAACGAGGAGCUUGGCCAGGUGGAGUAUGUUUUCACUGAUAAGACUGGCACACUAACAGAAAACGAGAUGCAGUUUCGUGAGUGUUCUAUUAAUGGAACCAAGUAUCGUGAAGUUAACGGUAAACUGGUACCGGAGGGAAUGACUGACGACUCACCAGACGGUUCCGUGCCUCACCUGAUUGGUGAUGAAAUGUUGUUCCUCAAGGCGGUGUCAUUGUGUCACACAGUUCAAAUCAGCUACGACCAGCCUGACUGUCUGGGUGGGGGAGGAGAUCCCUUCUCUCAUGUUAACGGUUUCUCCUCCAGUCACAUGGAAUACUACGCCUCUUCUCCAGAUGAGAAAGCUCUGGUGGAGGCAGCAAAAAGAAUCGGAGUGGCCUUCACUCGCAGCAACGGAGACACAAUGGAGAUAAAAACAUUUGGCAAAUCGGAGAAGUACAAACUGCUGCAUGUAUUGGAGUUUGAUCCAAACCGUAGAAGGAUGAGUGUCAUCCUGCAGACUCCCUCAGGAGGGACCGUGCUCUUCACCAAAGGAGCAGAAUCAGCCAUCUUGCCUUUUACGACCAGUGGUGAAAUAGAAAAGACCAGACUGCAUGUUGAUGAGUUUGCAUUGAAAGGGCUGCGGACACUGGUGGUAGCAUGUCGUCAUUUCAGCCCAGAGGAGUACAUCGAUGUGGACAAGCGUCUGAACAGCGCCCGCACGGCACUGCAGCAGAGGGAGGAGAAACUGCAAGAGGCCUUCAGCUAUAUAGAGAAAGACCUGCAGCUUCUGGGUGCAACGGGGGUGGAGGACAAACUCCAGGACAAAGUCCAGGAGACCAUCGAAGCCUUACGGAUGGCAGGGAUCAAAGUAUGGGUGCUGACAGGUGACAAACAUGAGACAGCCGUCAGCGUCAGCCUCUCCUGUGGUCACUUCCACAGGACCAUGAACAUACUGGAGCUUCUGCAGCAGCGCUCUGAUAAUGAGUGCGCUGAGCAGCUCCGCAGACUAGCCCGGAGGAUAAAGGAAGACCACGUAAUUCAACAUGGGCUAGUUGUGGACGGAGCCAGUCUGUCUUUAGCAUUGAGGGAACAUGAAAAGCUCUUCAUGGAAGUGUGCAAAAACUGCUCAGCUGUGCUGUGCUGCCGUAUGGCCCCUCUGCAGAAAGCAAAGGUGGUCCGUCUUAUAAAAAUAUCUCCAGAGAAACCCAUCACCUUAGCAAUUGGUGACGGAGCCAAUGAUGUCAGCAUGAUACAGGAAGCCCACGUGGGCAUAGGUAUCAUGGGUAAAGAGGGUCGUCAGGCUGUGAGAAACAGCGACUAUGCAAUCGCCAGGUUCAAGUUUCUGGCUAAACUCCUGUUGGUCCACGGUCACUUCUACUAUAUUAGAAUAUCAACACUUGUACAGUACUUUUUCUACAAGAAUGUAUGUUUUAUCACCCCCCAGUUUUUAUACCAGUUCUUCUGUUUGUUUUCACAACAAACGCUGUAUGACAGUGUUUAUCUGACACUGUAUAACAUCUGCUUCACCUCGCUGCCCAUACUGGUGUACAGUCUGUUUGAACAGCUGGUCCAUCCACAUGUACUACAAAACAAACCUGGUCUGUACAGGGACAUCAGCAAGAACUCUUUGCUGUCUUUUCGGACAUUUUUGUACUGGACUCUGCUGGGCUUCUGCCAUGCCUUCGUCUUCUUCUUUGGGUCAUAUAUACUGAUGGGAGAAGACACUACCCUAAUGGGCAACGGGCAGAUGUUUGGAAACUGGACUUUUGGAACGCUUGUGUUCACCGUCAUGGUCAUCACUGUUACACUAAAGCUUGCUUUAGAGACUCAUUUCUGGACGUGGAUGAACCAUUUUGUGACAUGGGGUUCGAUUGCCUUCUACUUCAUCUUCUCUCUCUUCUAUGGAGGCAUCAUCUGGCCUUUCCUCCACACCCAGGACAUGUACUUUGUAUUCGUGCAGCUGCUUUCCAGCGGUUCGGCCUGGUUCGCCAUCAUCAUCAUUGUAAUAACCUGUCUGUUUCCUGAUGUGGUGAAGAAGGUCUUCUACAGACAUCUGCAGCCCACCAAUACACAGAAGAGUCAGUCUAUAUCAGCCCCAGCCGAGACCCUCAGCUGUGUGGAGUCCCUGUGCUGCUUCCAACAUGGGCAGAGCGGCUGUACCCGCUUGGCCCACUUCCUGGAGCAAAUGACGGGGCAGUGCCAGGACAGUGUCAACCAUUGCCAGGUGUCCAGCCGCAGCAACAGGUCUUGGAAUGACAUGGAGAACUUCUACUCCAACGAUCGCAGCAUCCUGACGCUGUCACCCAUGGAGGCCACCCACUGCUGACAGACAUGGCCACUGACUGUAGCACAUAGAGCUGCGGGAGCAUUAACACUGCAGUGGGAGUCGUAGGGACAUUUUUUUCUGUCCAUUUCAGGACACCACUUGUCUGUGGACCAACUCCGUUAGAAAAGGUCGACCUGGUGACGUAGCUGCAAAAUUUUGGUUCUUUCAAAACACUGACCUUCAAGAAUCCAUUCAGCGCUGGGGAGCUUCACUCCGAGGUCAGACUGGUUCAGUGGACCUACAUGUAGCAUUUGGUUUCCAGACCUAACUUUUCUUGCAGCCAUGUCUGCAUAUUAGUGACUUUGCGAUCCAAGAUCUCCAACCCGAGGACUUUCUCUCGAGCCUGCUGGUUUGGUAAUAUUGAGGUCACUUCAGUACUGAGGUGAAGUGAUGUCAGUGAGGAUUUCGAGGCGUAGCGUUUGGAGAACUCCUCUUGACCUCUGACUGGCAGCGUUGUUUCCACUGUUUUACCACACGGAUGUUUCUUUGUGAUGACGAAAGGAUUAUAACCCCUAACCCUAUCCCCACCCCUAACACCACAGUAGCAGCCAAUGCAUUGCGGCUCAAGUUGCUCUGCAAACCCACUUCCCUUCAGACCUGUGGAAUUUCCUUUGUGCUGCUCAGCGACCAUCUCUGCUGUUGUACCAAAGAGCAGAGCUUUCAGACUGGAGUGCUCAACGCAAAACAUGUUUUUGUGCCUGAUUUGUACAGAAGCUUCUAAUGUUAUUCAGAGAUUCAUGCUGCUUUCUGGUCUGAACCUUCAGACCUGUGACUCCAUGCUGCUGCCUGAGAGUCUGUCUAAAAGCCAUACACUUUCAAGAGGUCACAUUUAGACAGGUGAAUUAUCGAAGGUAGUGCAGACAGGAAUUGAUCGAGUCUGUGGUCACAGGUUUUCAAUCCCACCUAAUUGGCAGAAGUACCAAAAUGUCAUAGGCUGAAACAUUUUAAUGUAAUUCUACAGACGUGGACCUUAUGCUUACAUUUCUGAUUGAUGAUGGAAACAUUUUUUCGUUGUUUGUUUUUUAUCACUGUAACAGUGAUAUAUUUUAUAUAUAUAUUUCACAGCAAAUACAGCUUGACCCAGACGACGAAAUUACUGUCUGCAAAGAGAGACAGAAACGGUUCAGUGAAGAGAAAAGCAGGGCAUUUGCACAUAUCAAGCUCAUUUCUUUUCUUUAUGCUUUAUACUUUUUCACAUCAACCAAUUUUCUUUUUCACUUUUUUUUUCCUUUUCUAAUUGUUGCAUUAUGUGACCAUGGUCAUUUUUGAAGACAGUUGUUGAUUAGUGUGUAUGGUUUUGUAUGUGUGGUCCACCAUGGCAGCCAUUUUGGCCGGCAGGAAGUGCAGUACUUAGCUUUGUCAAAUGAUUUUUCUUCAAUGUAGGUUGUUUGUUCUUUCAUCUAGGAGGAAAGAGGAAGUGAAUCACAGCAGGUGUUUUAAAUGUACAUGAGAAAUGGACGCAGCUAUUCAGAUCUAAACUCAAAACUUAUUUUCAAAAAAGUCAGAUCUUUUCUCCUAGUUUAGUUUUAUUAGAGCAGCUGAAGCCACUCCGUAAGAAAAACACAAGAUGUCUUCAUUACGAUUCUCUAUUAUGAUUUCUAGAAGCCAAAGACCAGCCUGUAACAGUCUUACAGAUGAGCCAGUUUUCAGUUGGAGCUCAGAUGAAAGGUUAAGGUUUGGACCACCACAUCAGUUUAAACCAACAUGUCUCUGGCUGUUUGUUUUUCUAACUGUCAACCAGAUACUGAAAUAUGACCAGCUCUAAGGCCUGUCAUUUUAAAGGCCAAGAAAAUAUAAAAAUGUUAAUGUCCUUUCCCUUUUUUUUGUUUAGAUGGAGCGUGACAGCCCUGUUAGGAGUUGAGUUACAGAAACGUCUGCUGUGAGUCUAUUGGCUACGUCCAUUUCUCGUAUAUAUUCUGUGUCAGAAUUUUAACUGUGAGUGGAUUUGCCUGGAGAAGAAGGCACAAUGUUCAGGUUGGAACCUCUAAAGACAACCGUUUUAAACUUGACAUGAAGAACCACACAACAAUGACCAGAACCUUCCUCAGUUCACAGAGGGAGCAGAGCACAGUCACCGUGUUCACUGUUUCUAAACUUGACUCCUGGUCUAUGUUUGAUUUUCUCUACGGACCAUAUCUCUUUAUUGGCUAAUCUUUGUUUUUCUUUGUUUGUGUUUAAACUUUUAUACAUGUCAAUAUAUAUACACACAUAUGUGGGUUCCUUAAAUGCCUCUUACAAUGCAGCAAGAAGGUUUCAGUUGUUUCUGAAUUUAUGUCAGACUUAAGAACGAGCGGCACAACUUCCUGUUUAUUUAUUAGCGUCUUUAAACAUGCCAAGUGGACUAAACUGGAAUAAGGUAAAGUCUCAAAUGUAAGAAUUGGACGGUUGGCUUCUUUCAGAAUGCAUUAUGGGAAACUGAGCUCUUAAAAGAAAAGCUCUGAUCAAAUUAUUUUCAGAAUUUUCACAGUGUUGCUGUGGCUUAAUCACAAUUAUUCAUGAUUAUCUAUUUGAGAAUCAUUUUGAUAUAAACACUGUGACUUAUUUGACAGGAAGUAGAUGCGCAUCAGACAGAACUGAAACCCUGGAGCGCCUUCUCCCGGUGCCUACUUUCCAAAUUACAAGUAAGAAUAUCACAUGGUUCCGUCCACUUCUUAUGAGCAGCCUUUACCUAAGAUAAAUUCAGAUUGUUUGUUGUGAAGAAUAUUUCCAAUAUGCUUUUUCAUUUUCCGAUAUGCUUUUCUUUUACACAAAAAAGUAAACGAUACCAAAAUCUGA